CCAUACAAAAUUGCCGUAAUUGACAUAUAUAGAUAUCAAUUGAGUAUAUAAAUCGCUUAAUAUAUUAGUGAUAAGCGAACAUGACCGACAAAAUCACGUUGGACUCAAUUCCUGAAGGAUUGAAAUCAGAUAAAAAUGUAACUCCUUAUAUUGCUAGAUCAUUGGAAUUAAAUGCAGUUAAUCCUGUUGUUAGUUAUUAUUGUAAGAUAUAUGUUUUAGAAUAUAUCUUAUCUAAUAAAUUACAUACUACUUCCAAAGAUAUUGAAAUUUUUACUAUCAAGUUAUUAGAUGACACUGAAGCUAUUAAACAGAAUAAUGAGGAUGAAAGUGUUCAAAAAGCUUUGAAUGAUAAAUCAAUUUCCAUAAGUUUAGUCCUAUCAUUUGCCUAUAAAUUGUUUAACUCAUGUCUUGAAGAUUUAUCACAAAUUAGUAGAUCUACAAAUAGACCGGCUUUAGUAGGGAAAUUUAGAGCAACAUUAGUGUUUUUAUCUUUAUUAUCAGUCUUUACUGGUGAUAAAAAUGCAGAUAGUGUUAUCGAUUGGGAAAAAUUGACUGGUGGUAAGGCAGCCAACGCUCAAUUAUUUGAAUUACAAAACAAAGAUAAGAUUAAAGUAUUGAAAUUUCAAUUGUCAAAAUUGAUCAAAGGGGAAGUUACUUAUAAAGAUGAACCAGAUGAUAAAGAACUUGAGGCUGAAUUGGAUAGAGAAUUGCAAGAGCUUACUGGUGGGCAAAGCAUUGAACAAGAUGAAGAAUAUGAUGAUAAUGACAAAGAAAUUAAAACAGAUCCUGCUGAUGAAUUGGCAUUGCCUGGUGCACCAAACUUAAUACCAGGAUUAGAUAAUGAUGAUCAAACUGAUUUAGCUCUACCAGGAGCUCCCAAGUUUCUUCCUGAUGAUGAGCCAACAGUUCCUACUUUUAUUGAUGAUAAGCCUGAUGUCGAUGGAAAAGACGAGGAUGAUGAUGAUGAAGGUAAUGUCACAUUACCUGGAGCUCCACAUUACCCACCUCAAGAUAGUGACAAUAAUGAUGAUAUAGAUGGAGGUAACUUUAAACUACCUGGAGCUCCCAAAUAUUUACCAGAUGAUGAUUUAACACAUAUUAAUAAAAGUUCCUCAAUCCAAGUAUUCCCACCUGAUCCUGAUAGACGUGGUUCACUCGGAUCAAGAAAAGCAUCUGUUACUUCGGCUGCACCUGCUGUAUCGGCUCCACCCCCAGUUGCUAAUAGAUCAAGUUCAAUUGCAAGUCAUAGUCAUGCAUCACAUCAUAUAACGAAGGCCAAUGUCAAUGCUAUCUUGAAUAAAACAGAACUGAUAGCUAAGAUCCAGAAACAUUCUAAGUUUGCUAUCUCUGCAUUGAAUUAUGAGGACAUUGAAACAGCCGAGAAGGAAUUACUUGAUGCAUUAGAUUUGCUUAAAAAAUUGAAAUUACAGGAGGAUCAAGAGUAGUUGUAUAUGCUACAUAAUAUUAUACAAAAUUAGUAAUAGAAUCAGCAAUAAUCACUAACAUAAUAUGAGU